AUGAUCGCUCAAAAUUCUAGAUUAGCCGCCACAUUAUCUUCCUCAGCAGCUACCAUGCUGACUUCCAGAAUGGCAGCCACUGCCAUGUUACAACAUGCUGUCAAGAAAAAUGCCGGUAAUUCUUUCGCCUCAUUUAAAGAGUAUAGAGAAAAUGCCAAGACAUAUGGUCCAUUAAGCGCAUCAUUGGCUACGAGGAGAAAGUUGGCUCAUGCUCCUAAAUAUUGA